ACUCAAAAAGUAAAAGUUUGAAGGAGGGAAAGCCUCGCCAAGGCCGCCCGCUUGUGAGGUGGACUUUCGCUGGCAGUCGAGCUGAGGUGGUGUUACAGUUGUCGUGGGUCUGUGCUUGGUUGUGGAUCUGGUGGUGGUGCGCUGUGGUGGAGUGGCUGUGCCCUCGAACCUCCGUGGUAAACACAAUCCAAAGGUGGAACGUCUCAGGAACAACAAAACCGUCCCCCCUCCAUGCAAGUGUUGCCCCUCGCCUGUGUGUGCGUCGGUGCCUCGUGAAACCAACCCCUCCUUCACCCACUUCUACGGGAAAAUCGCACAACCUCGUGACUCCUCCGUGAACGCAGGGCUCUGGAGCGACCCUCGGGACAUUACUUGGUGUGGGUAUCGUGGAGUGACACAUGUGGAUAUUGCGGAUGUGUGCGGUUAAAGGCUUGCUCAUGUGUGUGGCUUGAAGACCUCACCCAACUUGGCUCCUUCCUGAAUGCGCGUGAAAACUGUGCAACUUUGGACUGUCGUAGAGCGUGUCCGCGUGACAACUGCUGAGUUAUAAUGGUUCAGAGUGUGGACAUGCCCCUAUUUUAUUACAAUAGAAUAAACACGAUGACGGACGAGCUUCUGUCACUCAAGUGGAACAAUCACAAGUCCACUUUCGCAGACAUCCUCACAAUACUCAGGGAUCAGGAGGUAUUCAUUGAUGUCACACUGGCGUGCGGGGGCAAGCAGUACCCUGCCCAUAAGUUCGUGCUGUCAACAUGCAGCGACUACUUUAAGGAAAUGUUCACCAAGAACCCCUGCAAGCACCCCAUUGUCUUCAUGAAGGAUGUGUCUGCGAGGGACCUGGAGGCAUUACUAGACUUUAUGUACCGUGGGGAGGUCAAUGUUCCUCACCACAACCUUGCUUCCCUCAUCAAGACUGCCGAGGGGCUCCAGGUCAAGGGUCUAGCCGUCCCCGAUGACCCAGUCCAGCUCAGAAAGGCCGAGCCCCGCAGUAGGGAGCCCAGAGAGACACAUACACCAAGGCCACCCCCAGAGCCCUCGGCGAGUCCCCCUCCCAAGAAGAAACGCACGAGGGAGACAGAGCAUGUAUCAGAGAGAAUGACUACUCUGUAUGGCAACAUGUCGCCUCAUCACGAACCCAACAGCCCUUAUGACUUGUCCCAAAAGUCGUCCUCAUCAUCGGUGUCUCAGUCGGAUAACCUUCACAAUGACACUGCUGCUCCCAAUCCCAUGUCCCCAGACCAGCCGCCCAGUCUCCAGCAUCCUGUCCACCACCACCACCACCAGCAGCUUGCCAAUAAGGAGAACUCACCAGAUGACACUAGGAGAGUCUCCAGUACACCCCAGCCUACUCCACAGCCCCUGCCCCCCAAAUCCCCUCUCCCUCUUGCGCCUUCAGAGGUCAACUGCCAGGAAAAGUCACAUGAGGAGGCUGACCCCAUGCCGGGCCCUUCCUGGCGACCUGUUGCAACCAAACCAGAAGAUGAAGUGAUUGUGAAGGAAGACGUCUCACUGGAGGAGGAGGAUGAGGACUGGGGACAUGAAAGUGGUGCAGGGAGUGACAUUGGGGAUGCAAGUAGUGGGGGUGAACAUCAUUGCAUGGACCACCACCCCCACACAUGCUCCAACUCUAGUCUUCCCUCCUCCCUCGACCCUGCUCUGAAGGACUUGUCAUCAAAGUCAUCCAAGUUGAAGAAAAAAGAUUCCUCAAUGAUGAGUCCGGGGCACAGUGUCCUGCCCCCCCAUGGUACUCCCCCCAUGCUGCUGCCCCCUGGAGCCCUGUGGCCCCAAGACAGUACUGUCAAUGUGGAGGAAAUCCUGCCUUGCCCCAUCUGUGGCAAACAAUUCCCUAAGAAGAGAAAGUCUAACUUGCAGGUUCAUCUGAGGACCCAUACGGGGGAGCGUCCUUUCAAGUGCCAGCAGUGUGGCCGAGGCUUCAAGCAGAAAGCACACCUAGAAAAGCACCUAGAGAAGUCCUGCCACGUGAUGUCUGAGUACGUGCCUUAUCCGUUCUUUCCCAAGAUAUGAGCAGACGCCACCCCUGCUCCCCUCCUCCCUUUUCCAUCUCCCAAGAGGCUCCUGCCCACUUAGAACUGGUGACACUACCUCAGUCCUGUCCCCGGCCCAGUGCUGCGUCCAGACUCAGCAUGUGCAUUAAUCUACAGCACGCCGCCGUGGCGUGGAGGCUCCGUCACUGUGGCGGAGCCGCUCUGCUACACGUGUGUGGACAGUCACACAAAAGAAAGUAAUGGCUUUAAGUUGCUCAUGUGUAAGAGCAUCCUGUGUAAUCUCCCCAAAAGAGAUAUGAAUAUUAACUUAAGCGAUACAAAGGUUCACUUGACCCUCUUGCUGCGUUGUCAACACGGGUACAGCCGUCCGAUAUUAGUUUUGUAUUGACAUAGAUGUACAAUAAUAAAUUUAUCUUAACGUCUAGGCGUAGCUUUAGCCGAGUGCAGCUUGCGCGCUAGUAAUGAAGGUGUACAUAGUGUGAUGGUGUACAGAUGCCUAUCGCCUGGCUUCCUCAGUGCCCUGCUGUGGCCCCUCACUCUCUUCCACCUCUACUUUGUAUUUCAGAAGACUAUAUUUACUGUACUAUAUGUAAAUAGAUAUACAGAUAUAUAUCAAAUUUUAUAUGUAAUCUAUUAGGAAAAAUAUAAGGUAAAAUUUAUAUUAUAGUUAAAGUAUAUAGGUCUUUGUACAGCUUCAGCUUGUCUGAAGAAAAUAUUUAACCACUUAAGUGUGAAAUGGGCAUUGAUUAGUUAUCCAAAGCCACUGUGCUUCAUUCUUCUGCUUCCAUUAAGAAUAUUUCUAGCAUCGCUCCGUCCUCUUUACAUCUGCCCACGCAUGCACUCAUGCAUACAGACACAUGCACAAAACACAAACAUACACAGAAGCAUUGUCUCAGUGAGCAAACUGUUGGUGUGUGUAGGCUUGACCUAUGUGGCUGGUUAAGUGAGGAAGGUAGUCUGUGAAGCCCUAAGUGUAGCCAGCUGUGUUCAAAACUAUCCCUGUCAAGGCCACACUGAGGGUGACUCAGAACAUGCCACUUAACCUCUCCCCUCACCCCACAUCCUGCUUGUUCAAAAUGCUUACCCUGGCUCACACUCAAACACUCAUUGAAAUAUUCACACUGAUACAUGUACACACAUGUACAUAACUCUCUGUGCUGACUUACACAGUCACAGGGACUCAAUAGAGGAUGACUGCCUAAGACUGCAGUGUCUGUCUCUUAGGAAUCUUAGGUUGUGCUGUGAUGCAGGAUAAGUGUGAAGGUUUUUAAAGAAAUUUUCAUUCCUCUUUUUCUGAAAUGACUUCAGGCCAACUGCUGUGAUCAUCUCAUGUGUUACAGAUUCAGGAAAACAAAAGUAAAUAUAUAGUACAUAUUCCAGUUGAACAUAAAGUAUAUUAUUGAAGAGUUUGAUGUGACUUAGAAUAUUGUAGUGAGGGAUUGUGACGGUGAAGUUCUUCCACAUAAGUGACAGUGUUAAUCUCAUCCUGAUUCAUUAGAUUCCACACAUAUUGGUAACAUCUCAGGACAAUAAGGCACAAAAUAAUCUUCCAAACAGGUACUAGAGUGUAUGUAUUGUAUGUAUGGCACUCCUAGUGUCCAAAUUGAAUCAUGUAUCAAAAUUUCUAUAAUGACCUUUUAUGAACUAAGCAUUUACUGUAGUCUGGAGAGUAAUGAGAGUGACCUGUGUCAUGUUGCUGAACUGACCUGACCUGACCUGAUGUAAGGAUGCCAACACUUUGUAUUCAGCCUCAUGUCAUUUAGGUGUCACAGUUUAUCCUCGAAAUGUGAGACUGUCCAGAACGAGGCUUUGCAAACUGAAUCUCCAUGUCUCUUUAUCUUCAUGUAUAAUUUCCUUGCUUGUUUGUGUCAGUUGACCUUCCACUGUCCAAGGCGAAUGGAUGUUACACAGUUCUGGAUAGUCGAGCUGAGGUACCCGGCAUCGUAGUGUUAAAACAUCAUCAUAAUAAGAUUUGGUUAGCUUUCUAUGAACCAAAUUACCAAAGUACAUGUGAUAUUUAACCUAAAAAGUGGAUCAUGUACAGAUAUAUUAGUAUUAGCUUUAUUGAUAGUUCCCACCAUAAAAAAAUACAAAAAAACACUAAUUUGUUCAUAAAAAUAUAUAUAUAUAUUGUUUAUAAGAAAUAUGGAUUGUAAAUUAUUUGCAGACUGGACACUGUUUGCCUCAUUCCCAUCCAUUCCUUUCCUUCUUGUCCUUCUCUCCUUUCCCUCCUGAUCCUCAUAACCUGUGGCCGUGUUCCUGUCUGGCCUCACCCUCCCCCUCAUCCUCCCCCUUCUGCAGGAGUCUUUGUUCAGGCACAUUGUGAUAGGCCCCCACAGUGGCCACUGGGGGAGAUGAGGGUCCUGUCUCCUGCAGUAGUAAAUGUUCUUUAUUUGAUCCUGUAUCAUAUUUUUCUUACUUCUAAUUGAUUCUCAGCAAUGAAUUCUGUUCCUCUUUUUUCAUCUUUGGUUGAGGUCAUGUAAAUGUUGUAUAUAUUAUUAUUGUAUAGUCAUUAUUUUAGUAUCCUGUAUGUACUUAAAUGCACCAUUUAUGAAAAAAAAAUCUUAUCAUCAGAAUAAACACUAUUUUUCAUCCA